CUCAGCUCACACUCACACACCACCCGCCACCCGGCCCGGCAGGCGAAACCAAAACCAAGCGUAGACGGCUGCCGACGCCUUCUGCUCCGGACACCGCAGUCAUAUCAUUGAUAAUACUACGUCCUGAGCUCAUGGCGAGUUCCACGGUGCCACUGCCACGGCUACAUCGCCUGCUUCUCCCGUUUGCCCUGCUGCUGCUGCUUCUUCUCCUUGCUUCCACGCAAGCCGAGGGUCGCGCCUCGCCUGCAGCACCACCACCGCCACGCCGCGGCGCUUCGCUGAGAUCCCAGGCCAGGGCGCUUCUCCACUGGAAAUCAGCCGUCGAGUACUCCACGCACAUGGGGACCUGGAGAGACGACGGCAUGUACCCGUGCAACUGGACCGGCAUCACCUGCGGCGACACUCGGUCACGCAGAGGAACCACCGUGAAGGUCAUCAGAGCAAUCUCCCUCGGCGGUGCCGGCAUUGCAGGGCGGCUGGACGCCCUGAGUUUCCAGUCGCUCCCUUACCUCGUCAACCUCGACCUCAGCGACAAUUACCAGCUCUCCGGCGCCAUCCCUUCUGGCAUCGGCUCUCUUACCAUGCUUUCCACCCUCAACUUCUCCGGCGGUCAGCUCGACGGAAACAUACCUCCGUCGAUCUGCAGCCUUGGGAGGCUCACGCACAUGGACCUCUCCAUCAACAACCUCACCGGCCACAUCCCUCCUGCCUUGGGUAAUCUCUCAAGACUUGCUUUCCUUUAUCUACCUGGGAAUAGGCUCUCGGGUAGCAUCCCAUGGCAGCUCGGACAGCUUGGGAGCAUGAGAAAGAUGGAUCUGAGAUGGAAUGUCCUUUCUGGCCACAUACCAUCCUCCUUUGCAAACCUGACAAACCUCAACUAUAUCAACCUUUCUGGUAAUCGUCUGUCAGGACCUAUACCUGAAGAGCUAGGCCAGGUCAAAACCCUGCAAGCACUAUCCUUGGCACAAAACAACCUGAACAGUGCAAUUCCUCCCUCCCUUGGAAACCUCACAAUGCUCAGCUUCCUGUACAUAUAUCAGAAUCAGCACACCGGCCCGAUCCCGGUAGAGCUUGGGAUGCUCUCUAGCUUGAUUGAGUUAGAUUUGUCCGAAAACCAUUUGACCGGCUCUAUUCCUUCUAGUGUUGCUGGAAACCUUACUUCCUUGACCUAUUUUUCUCUUUGGAGUAACAAUAUAACUGGAUUCAUCCCUCAUGAGUUUGGAAAUCUCGUGAAUCUGGAAGCACUCUUACUCUCGAAAAAUUUCAUAGUUGGAUCGAUACAGUCAAGUAUUGGGAACAUGUCUUCACUCAGCCAAAUACUAAUAAAUACAAAUAAUAUCUCUGGGGGAUUGCCGGCCGAGCUUGGGAAUUUGGUAAAUUUGGAAAUAAUUGAUUCCUAUGAAAACCAAUUAUCCGGCCCAAUCCCUCAAAGUUUUGGGAAAUUGGUGAGUAUGAGAGAAAUGAGACUGUUCAACAAUCAGCUCACUGGCUCUUUGCCUUCAGCACUCCCCAACCUUACCAGUUUGGUCCUCAUUGAACUGAAUGACAACAAGCUGACCGGACACUUGCCAGAUUUGUGCCAGAGUAAAAUGCUACAGGUUUUCCAAGUUUUUAAUAACAAAUUGGAUGGUCCUAUCCCAAAAAGAUUGAGGGAUUGCAGUUCACUAACAUCCCUCGGAAUUGGCAACAAUCAGAUGGAGGGAGACAUAACUGAAGCAUUUGGGGUGUAUCCACAUCUCAAAAGCAUUGGUUUGUAUUCAAACAGGUUUGUAGGGCGACUCUCGCCAAAUUGGGGCUCAUGUCAACAUUUGACGAGUAUUUAUUUUGCAAACAACAUGAUAGAAGGUAGUAUACCUUCUGAGCUUGGGGAGCUAAAAAAUCUUGGAUGGCUCGACCUCGACUUCAAUAGGUUGAAUAGUGAGAUACCCAUAGAAAUUGGCAAGUUAAGCAGCCUGUAUUGGAUGGACUUGAGAAACAAUCAACUAUCUGGCCAAAUCCCUAAGCAAAUUGGCAGACUGAGUAAUCUUGAAGUUCUUGGUUUGUCAAGCAAUCUGUUAAGUGGUGAAAUACCAGAAGAGAUCGGGAAUUGUUUGAAACUGCGGUCAUUAUAUAUGCAUAACAACAGCCUUAGUGGAAGUAUUCCUGGAAGUGUGGGCAAUUUAGCUUCCCUGCAAAGCAUGUUUGAUCUUAGUAUGAAUAGUCUCAGUGGACCAAUACCAUCAGAACUCAGCAAACUAGAGAUGAUGAUCUAUGUGAACUUCUCACACAACCAAUUCAGCGGUACCAUCCCUUCCUCGAUUGCAAGCAUGCAAAGCCUGUCAGUUUUUGAUGUAUCGUACAACUUCCUAGAAGGCUCUGUCCCAAAGGGGAUCCACAAUGCAUCAGCUCAAUGGUUUCUUCACAACAAAGGUCUUUGCGGAGAUCUUGUUGGCAUACCCCCUUGUAAUUUGCCCCUGGUGGAUCAUAGGAAAAGGCAUGAAAAUACUGUACUAUCAGUCAUUCUUCUUAUGUUUGUUGCUACUAUUUCGAUAGCAACAGCUGUAAUUGCAUUUUUGAUUUGCCGCAAGAAAAUAUCUCAAAAAACAGAUGACGCGAGCAAAAGGGAUGUAUUCUCUGUGUGGAGCUUUGAUGGCAGAAUGGCAUUUGAGGAUAUUAUCAAUGCAACUGAUAAUUUUGAUGAGAAGCAUUGCAUUGGACAGGGAUCAUAUGGCAGUGUUUAUAAAGCAGAACUUCAAGAUGAACAAGUAGUUGCAGUAAAGAAGCUAUAUCCAGGCGAUGAAGACGCACAUGAUGAAGAAAGAUUCCAGCAUGAGAUCGAAAUGUUAACAAAAAUUCGCCAUCGCAGCAUCGUCAAGCUAUAUGGGUAUUGUUCUCAUCCGCGGUACAGGUUCCUUGUAUGCCAGUUUAUAGAGAAAGGAAAUCUAGCUUCUAUCUUAAGCAAUGAAGAACUAGCAAUCCAGUUCAACUGGCAAAGAAGGACCGCUCUCAUAAGAGAUGUUGCUCAAGCCCUCACAUACCUCCAUCAUGAUGUUCAGCCGCCCAUAAUUCAUCGAGACAUCACAAGCAGAAAAAUCUUACUAGAUGCUGGUUACAAAGCAUUUGUUUCGGAUUUCGGUAUUGCAAGAAUGUUGAAACCUGAUUCAUCAAAUUUGAGUGCACUAGCGGGGACCUAUGGGUACAUUGCACCUGAAUGUUCCUACACUUCUCUAGUUACAGAGAAAUGUGAUGUGUAUAGCUUUGGUGUGGUGGUGCUCGAGGUGUUGAUGGGCAGACAUCCAGGAGACAUACAAGCUUUUCAUUCUUCACUCACUGACCAAUUUCUUCUGGAAGAAAUUUUGGAUAAACGACUUCCACGACCCGAAAGCGAGGCGAACGACGUGAAGCAGUGCAUCUCUGUGGCAUUUGAUUGCCUAACUCCUUCACCCAAAGAAAGGCCAAUUAUGCUAAAAGUUUAUCGAGAUCUUUCUGUUUGAACUUACUGUUAGACAUGUAAUAUGCGGUAUUGUGUGAUGUCACAGUAUACAUGAGAGUCAUGUACGUAGAAUAUAUGUUAGGAAGUUAGAGUUGUUAGGAGUCCUCUCUUAUCUCUCUGUCUCACGUAACCUCCCAUGUAAUCCUCUCGAUGGUUAGCCAGGGGCUGCCGCAUAUUGUACGUACCAUCAUCAAUCAAUAUAUACAUCGCGGGUAUCCGUGUAUGGAGAUU